UCAAAGGCGGCAAAUAUUAAAACGUUUCAGAUCAAAACAAACACAAAUCGGAUAUUCGGAUACUCGAAUUAUGAUUUUAUCUUAUUUUUGUGCUGUGCAUUUUGUUUAGUUUGCAAUUAUUAUAACCUACUUGGGAUGCCUAUUUAUAUCAGAAACCCAAAUGCAGACGGCGAUAUUGAUGAAUGGUGUAUAGUGGAGGUUCAAGGCGAUUUGGAAGUUCGAGGAGAGCGCGAGAUGGCAGGACAGUUCAUCGGUGACCUUCUGUACAACAAAUAUGGACAACCGAUCCUCAUCAUCGGUCACCACAUUCUUCAUGGCCGAAUGCAGAAAAUCGACAAACCACUGCUUGUGAUAGAAAAAUCUGACCUCCGCAAGCAGCAGCGCGAAGGGGAUGACGAAAAUGAUACCAUGCUCGACGUGAGUCAGGUUAGUCAUCUUGACAGCACAAUCGCUUCGUCAAACCGAACCGUACUGGAUUCCACGGUGGCCGUAGAACACAAAACUAUUCCCCAGACGGAAUAUCUCGUGCGAGCGGUAGUGAAGCACAAGGUUCUUUUCAAAGCACGACCCAAGCCCAUCAUUGCCAACGUAGCAAAAAGUGUGUGAUAUUGGGUAAGAAUUAAAACGUCUCUUUAUUUUCCAUGUUUCAUAUCUAAAGUCCUACGAGAGUCGAUAAAUGUAUACAAAAUAAUCACGGAUAUUC